AUGGCGAAAGAGCAACAGGUUCAAAUCCCUAUGGUGAAGCUAGGAACUCAAGGUUUAGAGGUAUCGAAGUUGGGAUUUGGGUGUAUGGGACUAUCUGGAGUUCAUAAUUCUCCUUUGUCCGAUGACGCUGGGGUUACAAUUAUCAAGGAUGCUUUCAUUAAGGGAAUCACUUUUUUUGACACUGCAGAUAUUUAUGGACCUCACAUCAACGAAGUCCUGCUGGGAAAGGCACUAAAGGAAUUGCCCCGAGAAAAGGUCCAAGUCGCUACCAAGUUUGGUGUUGUUGGCAUGGGGCCUUCUGGACUUUUAGUUAACGGGUCACCUGAAUAUGUACGUUCCUGUUGUGAAGCUAGCCUCGAACGUCUUGAUGUGGAAUAUAUUGAUCUUUAUUAUCAACAUCGCGUGGAUAGAUCAGUACCUAUAGAAGAAACAAUGGGGGAGCUUAAGAAGUUGGUCGAAGAAGGAAAAGUAAAGUAUAUCGGGUUAUCUAACGCUAGCGUGGAUACAAUAAGGAGGGCGCAUGCCGUUCAUCCCAUAUCUGCUUUACAAAUGGAGUGGUCGCUGUGGACUCGAGAUAUCGAAGAUGAGAUAGUCCCAGUUUGCAGGGAGUUAGGCAUCGGAUUGGUGCCAUACAGCCCUCUUGGUCGUGGAUUUUUCGGUGGGAAAGCAUUUGCAGAAAGUUCGGAUGAGAAAAUAUCAAUGGGUAGACAUCCUAGGCUUGAAGGCGAAAACUUGGACAAAAACAAGAUUCUAUUUACUCGUGUAGGAAAAUUGGCUGAAAAGCAUGAAUGCACGCCUGCCCAACUAGCUUUAGCAUGGCUUCUUCAUCAAGGAGACAAUGUGGUUCCUAUUCCUGGUACUACUAAGAUUAAGAACCUAGAUGUUAAUAUUGGGUCUCUGGGGUUGAAGCUUACAGAGGAUGAUGUUAAGGAGCUUUCGGAUGCAGUACCUAUCAGCGAGGUGGCAGGUGCCAGCGACUACAAUUUCCUGUCUAGUACCUCAUGGAAAUUUGCAAAUACGCCCCCUCAGAAAUAA